AUGGCGAACAAGCACUUGUCACUGGUCCUGUUCAUCGUCCUUCUUGGCGUGUCGUCCAACUCGGCACUCGGUCAAGUCCUGUUUCAGGGCUUCAACUGGGAGUCGUGGAAGCAGAACGGAGGGUGGUACAACUUCCUGAUGGGCAAGGUGGAGGACAUCGCCGCCGCCGGAAUCACGCACGUCUGGCUCCCUCCGCCGUCGCACUCUCUCGCCGAGCAAGGCUACCUGCCGGGUCGCCUGUACGACCUGGACGCGUCCAGGUACGGCAACGAGGCGCAGCUCAGGUCCCUGAUCGAGGCGUUCCACGACAAGGGCGUCAAGGUCAUCGCCGACAUCGUCAUCAACCACCGCACGGCGGAGCACCAGGACGGCCGCGGCAUCUACUGCCUCUUCGAGGGCGGCACGCCCGACUCCCGCCUAGACUGGAGCGCCCACAUGAUCUGCAGCGACGACAGGACGUACUCCGACGGCACAGGCAACCCCGACACCGGCGCGGACUUCGGCGGUGCCCCGGACAUCGACCACCUCAACCCGCGCGUCCAGCGGGAGCUCGUCGGCUGGCUCAACUGGCUGAAGACGGACAUCGGCUUCGACGCGUGGCGCCUCGACUUCGCCAAGGGUUACUCUGCCGACGUCGCCAAGAUCUACAUCGACAACACCAAGCCCAGCUUCGCCGUCGCCGAGAUAUGGACCUCGCUGGCGUAUGGCGGCGAUGGCAAGCCUUACUACGACCAGAGCGCGCACCGGCAGGAGCUGGUGAACUGGGUGGACCGUGUGGGCAGGUCCGGCCCAGCCACGACGUUCGACUUCACCACCAAGGGCAUCCUCAACGUCGCCGUCGAAGGUGAGCUGUGGCGGCUGCGCGGCGCUGACGGCAAGGCACCUGGCAUGAUCGGGCGGUGGCCGGCCAAGGCCGUUACCUUCGUCGACAACCACGACACCGGCUCGACGCAGCACAUGUGGCCUUUCCCGUCCGACAAGGUCAUGCAGGGCUACGCUUACAUCCUCACGCACCCUGGGAACCCAUGCAUCUUCUAUGAUCAUUUCUUCGAUUGGGGCCUGAAGAACGAGAUCGCGCACCUGGUCUCGAUCAGGAACCGCCACAGGAUCCACCCGGACAGCGAGCUGCGCAUCAUCGAGUCCGACGCCGACCUUUACCUCGCUGAGAUCGACGGCAAGGUCAUCGUGAAGAUCGGACCAAGGAUCGAUUGUGAGCACCUCAUCCCCGAAGGAUUCCAGGUCGUGGCGCACGGCGAUGGCUACGCCGUCUGGGAGAAAAUCUGA